UCUUAGGCUUAGUGUGUUUAUAUAACUGAAACAUAACGUUAAUCUUAAUUUACUGUAUAUCACUUUUUCACGUUGAAUAUAGAUGAUACAUAUUACAGAAGUCUAUUAAGUUCUCUUUUAUUUUGUUUCAUUUACCGGUUUCACGGAUUAACAAUUAGAAAGUGGCUUCGUGAUAAUCUAAUGGCCAAGUGUUAUAAUUAACCUUUUAGUUUGUUUCACGCGGGAUGUUUUUAACAAGUGACCGUUUUACCUCCGAACCUACAGAGAAAUAUGUAUAUAUAUAUAAUAGAGUUAGAACGUGAAUGUACGCGAACAAAUACAGCUAAGUGGACUCCAUUUUAACAUUAUAACGAUAAAAUUCAAAUUAAAGUAAAAAAGUCACACUACCUAGUUCGCGAGUUACGCAUACUGUAAGUGAGCUUGAUUACAAGUUCAAAUCUUUGGUUUCUAUAACAACACUGUGCAACGUCACUACUGAUAAAACUUACAAUAUGUAGCACUUUCCACGUACAUUUUGUAAUCUUGUGUCUUCGUUACAAGUAUAGACAAAAUUACAGCAUGAUAAUGUCUUCACGUUGACGUCAGAUCGUUCGGAGGCACAAUUUCAGUCACCGCAAGUGUCGUUAACCAUGAUGAUGGAAUAGUGCAUAUCGACGAUUGAGAAUUUUCUACGAAGCUACGUAAGAGUUAUCUGUAUAUAGUCUUCCCUAAUGCUGAGCUUCAGACAAGAGGGAAGGAAGCUAGUCAGUAACGCCCACCGCCAACUCUUGUGUAAAUGAAAAGUGGGAUUUUACCGUUAUUCUUAUAGAGCAUUCAUAGCUCCAGAAUGUGGCACGCGAUUCCGCAGCAGUGGGCUGUGAACCACAACCCUCGGAUUCACAUUCCGAGCACACUAAUCACUAGUCCGGCCUCUCAUCUAACAUGCAUACAUUGGGUACGUCUGCAGAGACAAAUGUAAGUGAUAAGGACAGGUUUAUCACAUUUCGGCGUGAUACUCCCAUUGUAUGAUUGGUUGCACUCGAGCAUGCUCGAUUUUUUGUGCCUUUCUCUAGUUUAUAAUAAGUACUAGAGGUUUGUGAAGUGUGAAACUUGUGAUCCGAAGGAAAACGAGAUACAGUACAUAUAAACAGUAUUUCCGUGUAAACUUCACUAUUUUUAAAAAGGUUUGAUAUACAGAGAAGAAAGUGACCAUAGAUGGCGGAACACGAGGAGUUAGUGGCCGAAAUGGCUCUCUUCGAAAAUAUUAGCGCGCAUGAAAGAGUUCAACUCGGACGUAAAAGACGGCAACAACAGCUGAAGCGAUGGAGUCAAAAUGAAAAAGAUUUUUAUAAAAUGAGAAAAAAAUCGGAACGCACCCGGAAACCACCUAGUGGCCAACACAACAUCCGUUUCGUUCCAAGCGUUAUUCUCUUAGAAUCGAGUGCAAGAAACGACAUCGAAGAAGUUCGGCGGUUACUGAAGUCAGGUGUGGACCCCGACUCAACCAAUGAAGAUGGAUUAACAGCUGUUCACCAGUGUUGUAUUGAUAGCAACGAGGAAAUGAUCAAGUUGUUAUUUGAAUUCGGUGCCAAUGUUAAUGCGACGGACCAUGAACUGUGGACUCCACUGCACGCUGCUGCCGCCUGUGGGAAUUUAAAUAUACUCAAACUUGUUAUUGAGAAGGGUGGUGAUUUACUAGCAGUAAACUCAGAUGGAAAUAUGCCAUACGAUAUUUGUGAGAACAACAAGACGCUGAGCUACAUUGAAUUUGGAAUGACUCAAAAAGGCAUAACUCAAGAAAUGAUCGACCAAACCCGUAAAGCUCCAGAAAAUAAGAUGCUAAAUGAUCUUAAAAAUCUUGCAAAAAAAGGCGAAUCCCUGGAGUUUCGAGACGAACAAGGAGCCACUCCGCUUCACAUAGCGGCAGCCAAUGACUACUUGAGUGUAGUGGAGUUUUUGUUGGAUCAAAAUGUAACGGUGGACGCCGUCGACAACGACCUCUGGCGACCGAUUCACGCUGCUGCUUGUUGGUGUAAAUAUCCUGGCGUGCUUGAGAUGUUAGUACAUGGCGGUGCUGACCUCAGUGCAACAACAAAAAAUGGAGAAACCCCUUUCGAUAUUUGUGAAGAUCCAGAGCUCAAAAUGGUGUUAACCGAGCUGAAGACCCAGAUGGAAACUGAUAGUAAAACACACGUGCAUGAUAUCAGACGAUCACAAAGUCAGAAUAGCAGAAGUCAAUCAGUUCGUCGGACUAGUAUAAGAGAUAAGAAUAAGAUCUCCCGAAGAGAAGCUUUAGAAGAAGCAAUGUUAUGGCAAGAAAAGGAAAAGACAUCCGAAAACCACCAGGGAGAUGACCAAAUAAAAGAGAAACUAAAUCAUAAAGAAAGUGAGAAAUGUAAAACGCCUGAAAAUGACGUCAACUUAGUCGUUACCUCAGAAAAUAUGGAAAAGACAGGUGAAACGUAUGAGUCGUUCAGGUUUAAAAGCAACCAGGGGGUGAAAGUAGAUGGACUUGAAGAAAAUAGCUGUCGUUUGAAAGAAUCAGUGAAUGAAAUACAAAAACGUUUAACAGAAGAGGUUGACUUGAGAGCUGGAGAUGGUCCUGUGUCCCAGAGUGACUUAAACGUUUCUCCAAGAAACUACUCUUCUACUUCUGUUAGUGAAUCAGUGAAAGUGGAAAUUCGUGUUACCGUCAACGGCAGCCCUUCAAGUGGUCCAGAAACCCUUUCCGAUCUGAAUAAUUAUCACCAGUGCCAAAAUCAGGUCCCUCAUCAGGACAAGGACAAGCCCUUCGGUGAACAACUUAAGCCUACUUUCUCAGAUGCACCGAAGUGGAAGUUUAAAAGUUCUGAAGUUAUUGGAAAAAGAAAAAAACAUCGUUUUUGUAUUGUAAUGUAAAUGUGUGCUAACUCUAAACUCAAUUGUAACUGAUAACAAUGAAAACUUUAUGAAAUGUGAAACAAAAGCUCCUAAACCGAAAUUCAAAUUUUUAUAAAGGGGAAAUUUCCCUUAACAGGGUAGAAAAAUAAAGGUCUGGAGAUUUACCACUGAUCCAACGGGGAAAUGCAAAUUAAUUUCAAUUAUGUGCUUUAAAAUUGGUAUAGCAUUAACUGUCAGUUUAUGGUUUUAUUUCUUGCUUGGAACUUUUAUGCGCUCGUUUUCGACAAUAACAAAAAAGAAAAAGAAAGAAAGAAGAAAAUAUAAAUAACUACUUACAUGCUUUACAGUGUGAAAUAAUCCUUUUUAUUAACCAAAUUAUGGUUCCAAAUAAAGGAAAACCAAACAAACCAACAAAUGUGCAUUUAUACAUCCAGUUUUUUGUCUCUUGAUAUUAAUAUAAAUGAAAAAUAAUAUCAUAUAUCUUAACUAUUACUUCAAGUACUCGUUUGUAGAAAAGGGAUGUUUUUGAAAAAAUUGAAUUUUCUGCUUUCGAUUAAUUACCCCUUUUAAUUUCUCCCAUGUUGCGCAAGAACAUUUCGGGGUCAAAUUUAGUUCAGUAAUAUUUUAUAAAAGGAUAAAACUGAACAAUUAUUGUUUUUUUGUGAGUUACGUCAUCUUAUUUGUAUUUGUAGCUCUAUACUGAAUUGUUCAAGAUGACAUUUUUAUUUUAAUAUAUAGAAAUGUUUAGAGAUUUGUCUUAGAAUUUUCGGUGUGAUUAUCUGUUAUAAUUUCUUUCGAUUUGUGAAAUAGCUAAAGUAAUUUUUAUCGUUUGAAUAUGAAACGAACUCCAAAAAACAGCUUUUCUAUGCUAGCAAGUUUUUAUUUUCCUUCAGUGUUUUUCAGUUCAUGUUAACUGUAAUUGAGGGAAUUUCUACCUUCACCAUAACUUUUAUGUCAUUUUCAAGCACGUUCUUUAUACUUAUAUAACCUAAUUAAUUUAAAAUACACUUAAAGUAGUUUAGUUUACAAGGUAAACUCCGGUUUGAGAAUGCGCGUGAACAUCUAAAACCAAAACUUCGUGUGACAUGUUCAUUUCAUAACUUACUUGCUUGAAGUUAAGCACAAAGCAACACAAUGGGCUAUCUGUGCUCUGCCCACCACGAAUACAUACCGCUGUGCCACUGAGAGGGGGGGGGGGCAUAACUUACUUAAGUAAGAAGCAUGAUUGGUCAUUUUUGUAAGUGAUGUGAGAAACGUUAUUAUUCAGCAGUUAUUUAUACUAAACUCCAUGGAAAAAUAAUACACCUGUCAAUGAUUUUUCAACGUAAACGCAUAGGAUUAAAAUGCGAGUAAAAUGACUUUGUAAUGUAAAGACAUGGUAUACUUUAGGAUCAAAAUUGUGAUUAAAAUGACUAUAAUAUAAAGACAUAGUAUACUUUAGGAUCAAAAUGUGAUUAAAAUGACUAUAAUAUAAAGACAUAGUAUACUUUAGGAUCAAAAUGUGAGUAAAAUGGCUAAAGAUAAUUUCCAAUUGGUACUGUGUUAAGAAAACUGAAGAUCGUCAAUAAACAUGAAGAAAAAUGCCUUAAAACAAAGCUCUAAAAUACGAGUUCUAGUUGAAAGAUGCUACAUCUCAAAGAAAUACUAAAUACGUUACUUGACUGUCAUGAGUUAUGACAUACCAUGAGUUUUAUGAUAUAUAUAUAUA